CCAGCCCCGCCCACAGUAAACCCGGGUUCCCACCCUUUCAACUUUCUCCAUUGUUAAAUUCGUGAUCAUUUCCAUGAAAUCCAGGAGAGGAUACCAAAAUAUUUUCAGAUGAGACGUUUUUAAGAAGCAAUUUACACUGCACCGAGAUUGUCCUGGUUGUCCCCGCCGCCCCCCUCCAGCCCUCCACUACCUUUGCCCUCUUUUGAAUGCACCAAAUACAAACGCCUAGUUGUGUUUUUUUUUUUUUUUUUUUAACUUCAGUUUCACUUUCGAGAUUGCAGUAAGCUCACCACGCACAUUUCCCCGAUGAUAAACGUCUGGAUGUGAACUCAUGAAAAACAAGGAACCGGCAACCAUCAUCAAAGGGAAGUCUUUCUUUGGUGCUGGAAAUCGUGUCAGAACCAUUCAACACGGAAAAUGGAAGAAAUGGGAUGAGACAGGACUUUUUGGUGAACGGUCACAAUUCUGAAAUUUUGCAAGAUCCUUUCCAUGUAUUUUCAUGCAUCCUGCUUAUCACUUGUGGGAAGUAAAGGCUCAACGUCAGCGAAGAUAAAAGGAUAAGUUUAUGAAGGGGAUCAUGAGAAUUUAAAAUAGAAACUGUCAAGAGAGCUUACUUUUGAAGAUUGCAACUGGCGUGGAGGUACAGGACAAGAAAAGAGUUGAAUCAUGAGGCUGCAUUUACCUUAUCAUAUCUACUUCUUUUGGGGACUGUGGCCCCAUUGGAUUCUGUGUACAUCUUCCACCAACAAAUGCACUGUGAGACAUGAGGAAGCUGACUGCAGUCAUCUAAAGUUGACUGAAAUACCCAAUGACCUCCCAGUAAACAUAACCACAUUGGACCUUUCCCAUAACCAACUCAGAAGAUUGCCACCUGCCAACUUUACAAGAUAUAGCCAACUUACCAUCUUGGAUGGAGGAUUUAAUACCAUUUCAAAAUUCGAGCCAGAAUUGUGCCAGAAUCUCCCCUUGCUGAAAAUUUUGAACCUCCAACACAAUGAGCUAUCUCACGUUUCUGAUACAACCUUUGCCUUCUGCUUGAAUUUGACGGAGCUCCAUCUAAUGUCCAACUCAAUCCAGAAAAUUCAAAACAACCCUUUUAAAAACCAGAAGAAUUUGAUCGUAUUAGACCUGUCUCAUAAUGGUUUAUCAUCUACAAAAUUAGGAACUCAACUCCAACUGGAAAAUCUCCAAGAGCUUAUAUUAUCAAAUAAUAAAAUUCGUGCACUAAGAAGUGAAGAAUUUGAUUUCCUUGGCAAUUCUUCUUUACGAAAAUUAGAGUUGUCAUCAAAUCAAAUUAAACAGUUCUCUCCAGGAUGUUUUCAUGCAAUUGGAAAACUGUUUGGCCUCUCCUUGAACAAUGUCCAACUGGGCCCCAGUCUCACUGAGAAGCUUUGUUUGGAAUUAUCUAGCACGAGCAUCCAGAAUCUCUCUCUGAGUAACAUUCAGUUGUACAGAACCAGCAACAUGACUUUCUCUGGACUCAAACAGACAAAUCUCACCACGCUCAAUCUUUCCCACAACAACUUAAAUGUGAUUGGUAACAAUUCCUUUGUUUGGCUUUCGCAUCUGAAAUAUUUCUUCCUGGAGUAUAAUAAUAUACAGCAUUUGUCUUCUCACUCCUUUUAUGGACUUUCCAAUGUGAGAUACCUGAAUUUGAAGGGAUCUUUUACUAAACAAGGUAUUUCCCUUGCUUCACUUCCCCAGAUUGAUGACUUUUCCUUUCAGUGGCUAAAAUGUUUGGAGUACCUUAAUAUGGAAGAUAACAAUCUUCCUGGCAUCAAAAGCAAUAUGUUCACUGGAUUGGUAAAUCUGAGAUACUUAAUUCUAUCCAACUCUUUCACAAGUUUGCAAACUCUAACAAAUGAAACGUUUUUAUCACUUGCUCAUUCUCCUUUACUCUUGUUCAACUUAACCAAAAACAAAAUCUCAAAAAUAGAGAGUGGUGCUUUCUCUUGGUUGGGCCACCUAAAGGUGCUUGACCUUGGCCUCAAUGAAAUCGGGCAAGAACUCACAGGCCAGGAAUGGAGAGGUCUAGAAAAUAUUUAUGAAAUCUACCUUUCCUACAACAAAUACCUACAACUGACUAGCAACUCCUUUGCUCUUGUUCCGAGCCUUCAACGACUUAUGCUCCGGAGAGUGGCCCUGAGAAAUCUGGAGAACUCCCCUUCACCUUUCAGCCCUCUUCAUAACUUGACCAUUCUGGAUCUAAGCAACAACAAUAUAGCCAAUAUAAAUGAUGAACUACUGAAGGGUCUUGAGAAGCUAGAAAUUCUGGAUUUGCAGCAUAACAAUUUAGCACGGCUGUGGAAACAUGCAAACCCUGGUGGUCCUGUUCAUUUUCUGAAGGGUCUUUCUCACCUCCACAUCCUGAAUUUAGAGUCUAAUGGCUUUGAUGAAAUCCCAGUCAAGGUGUUCAAGGACUUAUUUGAACUCAAAAGCAUCAAUUUGGGACUGAAUAAUUUAAAUGUACUUCCACCGUCUGUCUUUGAUGACCAGGUGUCUCUAAAGUUCCUGAACCUUCAGAAGAACCUCAUAACAUCAGUUGAAAAGAAUGUGUUUGGGCCAGUUUUUAAGAACCUGAGUGAUUUAGAUAUGAGCUUUAACCCGUUUGAUUGUACCUGUGAAAGUAUUGCCUGGUUUGUUAACUGGAUUAAUCAGACCCAUACCAACAUCUCUGAGCUAUCAAGGCAUUACCUCUGCAACACUCCACCUCAAUAUCAUGGAUUCCCAGUGAUGCUUUUUGAUACAUCAUCCUGCAAAGACAGUGCCCCCUUUGAACUCCUGUUCAUGAUCAGUACCAGCAUGAUAUUGAUUUUUAUCUUUGUUGUACUACUUAUUCACCUGGAGGGUUGGAGGAUAUCUUUUUAUUGGAAUGUUUCAGUACACCGAGUUCUUGGUUUCAAGGAAAUAGAUGGACAAUCAGAGAAGUUUGAAUAUACAGCAUAUAUAAUUCAUGCCCAUAAAGAUAGAGAUUGGGUCUGGGAACACUUCUCCUCAAUGGAAGAAAAAGACCAAUCUCUCAAAUUUUGUCUGGAAGAAAGGGACUUUGAGGCAGGUGUCCUUGGACUUGAAGCAAUUGUUAAUAGUAUUAAAAGGAGCAGAAAAAUUAUUUUUGUUAUUACACAGCAUCUAUUAAAAGAUCCAUUAUGCAAAAGAUUCAAGGUGCACCAUGCAGUUCAGCAAGCAAUUGAACAAAAUCUGGAUUCCAUUAUAUUGAUUUUUCUUGAGGAGAUUCCGGAUUAUAAACUAAACCAUGCACUCUGUUUGCGAAGAGGAAUGUUUAAAUCUCACUGCAUCUUGAACUGGCCAGUUCAGAGAGAACGGAUAAAUGCCUUUCAUCAUAAAUUGCAAGUAGCGCUUGGAUCCCGAAAUUUAGUGCAUUAAGUUUAUUUAGAGAUUAAAUUAUCUAAAGGGUAGUUUUUCAAUUUAAAAAAUCCCAUGGUAAAUUUAAGUUUUACUAGAAAGUAAUCUGGUACAGGUGAUGGUGUUACAUCACAGUUCUAGCUCUUCCAUGGAAAUGUAUUUCCCUGUUUCAGGCCUUAUGUGGAGAGCUGCUUGAUCUAACCCAAAUAAACCCCUAAUAAGCACUUUCCCUACAAAUGAAGGCACAGUCGAUCCUUGAGACCCAUCACAACUUGAAAUCAUUUAAAAAUAGUCCUCACUUUUAAGAAAGUUAAAGUUUUGUGUGGUUUUGAAAUAAUUAAUGUUGGAUGCACUUUGAAAGAUAUUUGUUUUAAUGAGCUUAAGGCUAUUUCAAUUGCAAAAGAGUAAAAGUUUAGAAAAGCUUAGUUACAUUAAUUUUUCAGUUGAAAAACUUUGUAUUUGAGUAUACCACUAUUAAUUUUAAUCAAUGUGAAAAACCCCUUUAAAUUUGCAUAGCCAAGGGGAAGAAAUCUCUUACAAUUGAGUUUGGGUAAAUUCAUGAAAUAAAUAUUGCAAGAAAUAGUUACUUGUAUUUUUCCAAUGCAUGGGUUUCUGCUCCAGGAGAGUAGAAACAAUACUAUUACUUAAAAAGAGCAUAGAAAGGCUUACUCCCUAACUGUUAGUCAGUAAGUAGAUUGGCUUUGUGGAAACAAAGAAUUUUCUUCCCUAGUCACAGACUCAGGAGAUGAUGCUGGUCAAAUCACUUGGUCCUACUGGGAUUCUUUGAUUCCCAAUCUUGAAAAUGAUGAUGAUAAAUAAGAAGUUAAUGGAUGAGUAUGGUAUAGUAUAUUUACAUGGAAUGUACUAUUGCACCAUAAGAUAAUAUGCUGUAUGUGAGUUAGUCCCUAACUAUCUAGAAAGAGUAUUACUUUAAGUUUUAUUUUUGUUUUACAAUAAAACAAAAAAAUCUAGUCUUGUUUUAUAAUGAAAGAGUCUAGUUAUUAGAAAUAGGUGUGACAAGCUUUUUUGGAAUAUUCAUAGUUCUGGUAUUCAAAUGUAGGAAAGAAUCAAAGUUAUAAUGCUAAUUUCUGCACUUGAAAUGCUCUUUUGUCUGCGGAAGUUAGGAAGCAUCUGAGCUGUCCCAUUUUGAUUUAAAUACAUUAGUAUUCUUGGGACUAAAUUCACAUGAACUUGGAAUAAAUAACACAGCACUGCUGGUUCUGAGAGUGUAGAAUUUAAGCGUAUGAAGGAAUGAUUUUACUUUCACAUUAUUUGCCAGCCUAACACCUCAGACACUUGUUUUAUAGCAUUUUAGUUAAGAUUUGUUUUUAACCGAUAUAAUCCUGUUUUAUUUUUACAUCAUAAGAUAAAAAUCACAACUCUUUGUUUUCUUAAUACACUUUGUAUAUUUUGUAUCAAAAUUCAUAGUUCUUCAUUAAAAUAUUUCUAAAUAAACUAUUUUUAUAAAUUA